CCGAACGAGACCGUAGCAAAAUAUUUAAUGUCGAGCGGCUACCAACAGAAUCCAUAUAUAUAGUCUAUAUCUAUAUAUAUUUACCUAUAUAUAUAAAAGUAUAUAUAUUCAUGUGUUACCAGCUGGCAGCAGCAAUUUUGAGUGCGGUGGGGCGUUGAAAGUUAAAUCGAAUUAUCAGUAGAUCAAAGAGAAAGCGCAGAAAGUGAACGGCAGAACAACAAAUCCCAAAGACGAAGGCGAAGACAACGACAAAGAUGACGACACCACAAUUGCUCAAUAAGAAUAUGCGCACAAUGCCCACAUGGGUGACUGAGGCAAAUGAACGCAUUGGACCCAAACCACCGCCACCUCCUCCAAAUGGAAAUGCACAUAAGUUGCCCUCAUUGCCACCCAAGACGAAAAGCACUCCCGAACCGGAUUACGAAGUGAUCGAGUUCUCCAAUCAGCAGCAGUACUCAAAUGAGCCCAUGAAGACAACACAGAUUCGUAUUAAAACGCCAGACAACAAACUAAAGUGCACAUUGUGCGGCUCCCAAAAUCCCUGGGUAACUUGUGCCGAGUGCGCUGGUCAAAUCUUUUGCGCCUCCUGCGAUGACAUGUUCCACAAGCAUCCCAAACGCAAGCAGCAUAUACGCAAAGCCGUGGAGCAGGGCACACCACCCAUACCACCAAAGGCACAGGCAGGUGCCACACCGCCCGUGGCGCCACCGAGACGCAGCAAGCGUGGUCUGUUGACACCGUUUCUGGGCCGCAAGGAACAGAUGCUACCACCUCCAUCGCCGACGCCUUCGCACAAGUCGAUCGGUGGCUGGCGAACUACAACGACGAUGACGACGACAUCAAAUCCUAUGCCCCAGAUGAAUAAUCGCCCAUUGCCGGAGCCUCCGCGUGCAGCUCCGAGUGAGGGUGGGGGGUCGUCGCGUUCUGGGACGCCCAAGUCAGUAUUUGAUACGAUACAGAGACCGCCAUCUGUGCAGCUGGAGAAGAUCAAGACGAAGGCGAGUGCCACAUUGGAUCGCAUGGCGCAGUUGCAGCAACGAUAUCGUCAGCAGAAGGCGCAACAUGAACUGGGCAAUUCCAACAGCAAUGAACAGCAUUUGCCGAAUGGCGUCAACUUCGAGCAUUGGUCAAACAUUUCACCAUCGCCCUCGCAUUUUCGUUCCGGCAGCAUGUCAUCCGGUUUGAAUUCAUCGCAUUUUGAUCUUUCGGAUGAUUCACACAAUUUUCACAAUUCCCUGUUGUUCCAACAACAACAACGACAGGCAGCUGGAGCUCAGCGUCGUCAGAUGAGCACCUCGGUCUUCAAUCUCAACAGCAUGAAUCGUCGUCCACUGGCCGAGACACAGAAUGGAGGCGCCUGGUUGGCCAAUCAGCGCAUGCAACAGGCACAAUCCAUGGCCCAACUGAAUUGUGCCGGUUGUCAGAGUCAUCAGGCAGGCAACUGGGCGCCUCAUCAACAUGCCCAGAUGAGAUCCCCAGAUGAGUGGUCCCAGUUUGGUUCCCAGCAGCAGUUCAAUCACUCGAAUCUCUCGUUGAACAUGGGGCAGGGCUACUUGCCACAGCAACAACAUCCGCACUACCCACCGCCUGUGUUCAUGACUCAACGUGGCAUCAUGCCCAAUAUGUAUCCAGGUGCUGCAGGUUAUCCCGUCAUGCAUCCAGGUGUAAUGGGGAUGCCACCAACAGCAGCGUCUCGUGCAGCAUCACGUGCCCGUUAUGCCGCAUCGCCCACGCCGAGCAGAAAGUCCGUUUCGAUGCGACGGAAGAGGAGCAGUUAUGGGGAUGAUGAGUUGACCGAUGAUGAGGACUCGGAUCAGGAUGAUCGUCGCUCAUUAGUGUCCAAUCGUUCCGGAAUGACAAGCGCCUCCAGGUCACACCAACACCAUCAGCGUCAGCGGCGUCUAUCGAGCGCCUCGCAGUUGAUUAACAACGGCGGACAUGAUGAGCUGGACGGGGAGCAGCGUCAUGGAUCGAGGCAGCACAAGCUACGAGAUAGACGGGGAUCCAUUGCGAAGUCCGUGCAGAGCGAGUGGUUACCAGAAAGACGUGAUUCAAAUAUAGGAGUAGGAGGAGGCGGAGGUGGAGGUGGAGGAGGUACAUUAAAGAGAAACCAAACUGAACCACCCAAAACUAGUCGCAUUUACUCAGAUCUCGAGUCGGAAGGAUCCGGUGCACGAGCUUUGGUUCAGGCGAAGAUACAACAGAAACUACAAGAGGCUGAUCAGCAGAAGACCAGACGCACCGAAUCCAAACGUAAGCCAGAGAUGAAAGAUGAGAAUACACAAGCCGCUGCGGUGGUGCCAAAAGUGACUCCCACUCCCGUUAAGGCCGAGCAAACUGAGUCCGAGUAUGAGGAGGUAGAGGAAGAAGUUACCGCCUCGGAAAGUGAGCCAGAAGAAGAAAAAGUUGAAGCCACACCAUCUCCUGCUGUUGUCGCCGCAGAAGAUGAUGAUCUUGGGCCGCCACCUUCGACACCAGAUCACGAGUGGGAAUGCGAGUUCUGCACCUUUGUGAAUGAGCCCAACAUUAAGAUAUGUGCCAUCUGCUGUAAGACACCCAGCAAGCCACCGGAGAAACCACACGUAUCUACCAAAACCGAGUCGAAGACUCUCAUCUCAGAGCCUGUCCCGAUUAAGACUGUUAAGGAGAGCAACUCCUCCGUCAUGCCGGAGACGAAGCACGCACGCAAGAGUUCCAUGAAGUCAACAAAGCCCGUUGAGCCGGUCAGCAGUGCCACAAGUGUUGCAACAAAAGCCAAGCCCAGGCAAGCCACAGCCUCGACAAGCACAACUACUACAAGUCCUAUUAAGAAACCCAGCCCAGUCACCAAAUCAAAGCUGAAAGCGUCCUCGGAAAACGAAUCCGAUAAUACAGUGGCCAAGGGUUUCAUACACAAAGGUAGGAUACAAAAGAAAAUCUCAUUUUUCGAGGGCACCAAGACCUGAACGAACCCAAUCGCAGUACCAACAACAAAAACCCACUCAAAUCAAAGACUAAACAUUGUACAUUAAUAAUAACUACCAUUUGUAAGCCCAACAAUUAACGCAUUUAUUUGAAACGAAAUGGAAAUACACAACUCCAACUGAAAACCAU